AACAAUAGCGGCCGCAUAUAGCGGAAACGUUUCGACUGUCAAGGCUUAGCCAUGGAUUAUAGGCUGGUCUUUUGUUCCCUUUUAUUUGUCAUCGUCUCAGUGUCUGCCAAGGCAACACGUCGAGGAAGUAUAUUCAAAAGAAGUCCUAACCCAUGUCCUCCUGGUUGUCCGGGAUCAUGCGCCCCGUCAUGCACUGCGGUAUGUUGUGCACCUCCACCCCCACCCCCACUUCCACCUCUCCCACCACCACCACCUCCCCCACCACCACCACCACCCGGUCCUCCUGGCCCUGAUGGUCCAAUGGGAAUGGCAGGACCACCUGGCCCCGAUGGCCCUAAAGGACCCCCAGGACCUCCAGGACUUCCAGGACCACCUGGUCUCCCAGGUCUUCCAGGUGCCCCAGCUGGUCCUCCAGGACGUGACGGCCCCAUGGGACCUCCAGGGCCUUCUGGACAUCAAGGACCACCCGGUGAUCUGGGCCCCAUGGGACCUCCAGGAGCCCCAGGCUUGCCCGGACCUCCAGCUCCACCUGGUGGUAUGCCUCCUUGUCCACCUGUCUGCGUCCAUACUUGUAUCAAGGCUUGUGCCCCACAAUGUUGCCACGGCCGAAAGAAGAGAUCUCACCUCCUGGAAUAGAAACAACAAAAGCGGCAGUGACAGCAGCUAUUUUUAUACUUCUGGUUCGACGAGUGAUUCGAGUUUUUAUCACACCGCUGAGCGAAUAAUAAUUAGUGAUAGUCCUUAAUUGCUGUCUUUCCCCUGUAGACAUUAGAUGAUUACUUUCAUGUUUGUUUUGUGUUAUAUAUUUAUAGUAAAAUCUCAGCUCGCUUAGUUUUUGUUGUUUUCCUUUUGACAUAAAAAAAAGAUGUAGCUUUUGGGUGGAAAGGAGUGACGUAAUUUUCAACGGUUCAUGUUUCUUCGAUGGAACUUGAUGUUACUGAGACUGCAAGUCUGAUAAAGUAGGCGUGUCGAGUGAAGGAUUUAUUUGAAAUGUGUAAUAAAAUUAUCUCUCUUAGUAUA